ACGUGACUUGGCCAGUUUGAAACACGCUCCGAACCAAUGAUUCGAAACAAAAGAUUCGUAAAAGUUUCGAAGCCUUGAAGCAGUUCUUCGAAAGCGACCAUCACUAGUUUUUGCAUUAAAUGUACAUCAACGUUGCUCCUUCUCUGCUGACAAGGUGAAAAUAGGAUAAGGACCUGCAAAAAAGGUUUUCGUUUUAAAACUAACUUUAGUUAUUGCUUGCAAAACCAGUCUGUUUACUUUAUGUGAGAAAAACGGAUGUCCUUUCUUCUGUUGAACAAGAUAGGAAAACAUCUACAAACAUCGUCAUUGUUUAAGCAGUGAGUGAAAGACGAUGGCAUCGACUCAGGAAACACAGGUACAAGAUGCUGCAGUUCAGAUCGACACAAGUUUUCCAGGAGUUAAUGUUGAGAUGAAAGCUGACAGAAGUGGAACAGUAAUUAGUCCUGUACUUCACAACAGCAACAUAACAUCACUUAACAUCAACUAUGGCUCAAACUCUGCAGUGAAUUUAAAGCCUUUUUUAUCAAAAAGUCACAAAGCCAUCAUGAAAGACGAGGUACAGCAUAUUUUUGAUGUCAGAAAGGAAGAAGAAACAUGUCUGAAUGAUGUUUACACAGAGCUCUUUAUCACAGAAGGUGAUAUUAAAGAAGUCAAUAAAGAACAUGAGAUUCGGCAGAUUGAUGAAGCUUUAACGGGUAAAAAACAACAGGACAGACCAAUCAACUGCAAUUAUAUAUUCAGUUCACUGAGACAAAGAACGACAAGUAAAAAGGUUGUAUUGACCAAAGGCAUCGCUGGUAUUGGAAAAACUGUCUCUGUACACAAGUUCAUCCUGGACUGGGCUGAAGAAAAAUCAAAUCAAGAUAUAGACGCCAUGUUUCUGCUUCCAUUUCGAAAGAUUAAUUUGAUUAAAGAUGAUAAGUUCAGUCUUCACCAGUUUCUGAGUAAAUUUUAUCCUGAUCUGAAAGAUAUUGAUAUAACAAAUCUCUGUAAGAUGUGUAAUCUUGCAUUUAUUUUUGAUGGACUUGAUGAGAGUCGAUUUCCUUUAAAUUUUGGAAGCGAAAUGCUGGAUGAUGUUGAAGAAAAAUCAUCUAUAAAUGAAUUGAUUACAAAUCUGGUCAGAGGUGAUCUGCUUCCCUCAGCUCUUGUCUGGGUGACCUCCCGACCAGCAGCAGCCAAUCAAAUCCCUUCAGAGUUUGUAGGUUUGUUCACAGAGGUGCGAGGAUUUACUGAUCAACAGAAGGAAGAGUACUUCAGAAAGAGAAUAUCAGAUGAGUCUCAGGCCUCCAGAAUUAUCUCACACAUCAAAACAUCUCGUAGUCUUUACAUCAUGUGCCACAUUCCUGUCUUCUGUUGGAUUACAGCUGUUGUUCUUCUGGAAACUCUCACCGAAAACAAGACUGAGGAGAUUCCCACAACACUCACUGAAAUGUACAUUCACUUCCUUAUAAUACAGAUGACCAUGAAGAACAGGAAACAUGACAAAGACCUUGAAAGAAACUAUGCAAAGUUGUUGGAUUCAAAUAAAACAAAUAUAUUAAAGUUGGCCAAGCUAGCUUUUGAACAGCUAAAGAAGGGAAACACAAUGUUUUACGAGGAAGAGCUGAAAAAGUGUGAUAUUAAUGUGAGUGAAGACACACCUGAGUCCACAGGAAUGCUCACUGAGAUCUUUAAGAAAGAAACUGGACUUCAUGAGAUGAAGGUCUUCUGCUUUGUACAUCUGAGUGUUCAAGAGUUCCUCGCUGCACUACAUGUGUUCAUGAGCUACCUGAACAAGAACCUGGAGGAGCUUCAGUUUUUCUCCAAUCAUGAAAUUAACUACUUCUUUAAAAAGCUUUUCAAAAUAGUUUCUCUACAUGGCUUACUGAAGAAAGCUGUCGAUAAAGCAAUAGAGAGUGAAAAAGGUCAUUUUGACCUUUUCUUGAGGUUUUUGUUGGGCAUUUCAUUGGAAUCCAAUCAGAAACUGCUGAAUGGUUUGUUUAAUGUCACUGUGAACAGCACAGAGAGCAUCACAAAAGUUAAAGAGCACAUUAAACAAUUACAAAACCACAACAUCCCAGCUGAAGCUUCAGUUAAUCUAUAUUACUGCCUACUUGAGCUAAAAGACAAAUCAUUAUAUGAGGAAAUCCAGCGAUACCGGAGUUCAGUUAAACUUUCAGGAACAGAACUUUCAGCUUCAAUGUGUUCAGUGUUGACCUACAUACUGCUGAUGUCAGAUGAGGUGAUGGAUGAGUUUGGCAUGAAGAUGUACAAAACAUCACCUGCAAACUACAUGAGACUGAUCCCAGCUGUGAGAUGCUGCAGAAAAGCUAAAUUAAUAGCCUGUGAUCUCACUGUUGAGUGCUGUGAAAGUUUAUCAUCAGCACUAUCAUCAAGCUGUCAUCUGAUAGAGCUGGACCUGAGUGACAAUAAACUGAUUCAAGAUUCAGGAGUGAAUCUGAUCUCUGAUGGACUGAAGAGCCCAAACUGCAAACUGAAGAUAUUGAGAUUAAUAGGCUGUGAUCUCUCUGCUGAGUGCUGUGAAAGUUUAUCAUCAGCCCUAUCAUCAAACUCUCAUCUGAUGGAGCUAAACCUCAGUUACAAUAACCUGAUUCGGGAUUCAGGAGUGAAGCUGAUCUCUGAUGGACUGAAGAGCCUAAACUGUAAACUGGAGAUACUGAGAUUGGAACACUGUGAUCUCACUGCUGAGUGCUGUGAAAGUUUAUCAUCAGCUCUACAAUCAUCAAACUCCAAUCUGAAAGAGCUGGACCUGAGUUACAAUAAACUGCAUGAUUCAGGGGUGAAUCUGAUCUUUGAUGGACUGCAGAGCCCAAACUGUAAACUGAAGAUAUUGAGAUUGAUGGACUGUAAAAUCUCUGCUGAGUGCUGUGAAAGUUUAUCAUCAGCUCUACAAUCAUCAAACUCUCAUCUGAGAGACCUGGACCUCAGUUACAAUAACUUGAUUCGGGAUUCAGGAGUGAAGCUGAUAUCUGAUGUACUGAAGAGCCCAAACUGUAAACUGGAGAUACUCAGAUUAAUAGCCUGUAAUCUCUCUGCUGAGUGCUGUGAAAGUUUAUCAUCAGCUCUAAAAUCAUCAAACUCUCAUCUGAGAGAUCUGAACCUCAGUUACAAUAACCUGAUUCGGGAUUCAGGAGUGAAGCUGAUCUCUGAUGGACUGAACAGUCCAAACUGUAAACUGAAGAGAUUGAGAUUGACAAACUGUGAGAUCACUUCUGAGGGCUGUGAAAGUUUAGCAUCAGCUCUACAGUCAUCAAACUCUCAUCUGGUAGAGUUGGACCUUAGUAACAAUACACUGAUUCGGGAUUCAGGAGUGAAGCUGAUCUCUGAUGGACUGAAGAGCCCAAACUGUAAACUGGAGAUAUUGAGAUUGACAGGCUGUUCUUUCUCUGCUGAGGGCUGUAAAAGUUUAUCAUCCGCUUUACAAUCAUCAAACUCUCAUCUGAUAGAGCUGAACCUGAAUGGCAAUAACCUGCAGGAUUCAGGAAUGAAGCUGAUCUCUGAUGGACUGAAGAGCCCAAAGUGUAAACUGCUGAUACUAAGAAUGAAAGGCUGUGAUGUCACUUCUGAGGGCUGUGAAAGUUUAUCAUCAGCUCUACAAUCAUCAAACUGUCAUCUGAUGGAGCUCGACCUGAUUCACAAUGAACUGAUUCAGGAUUCAGGAGUGAAGCUGAUCUCUGAUGGACUGAAGAGCCCAAACUGUAAACUAGAGAUACUGAGAUUAUCUCGUUGUAAUGUGACAGAAGAAGGCUAUUCUUAUCUGGCUUCAGCUCUGAGGUCAAACCCAUCACACCUAAGAGAGCUGGAUCUGAGCUACAAUGACCCAGAAGUCUCUGAAGUGAAGCUGCUCUCUGAUGUACUGGAAGAUCCAAACUGCAGACUGGAGAAACUCCUGUUAAAUGUUGAUUAAAUGGCCCUGGCAUGUGAGGAUACUGAACUUCUAAUGACUAAAAAGCCUGGUCCUUGGGUCUUGCCAUUUAUUAUUCAGUUUAACAAAAGAGCAAUGCAUGGAUCAUGUGGUCAUGGUGAUGUGGUCAUAACAUAAAAAUAUGUAUUACAAAAAUGUGUAUAUAAUUGUGUUAGUACACUGCAAAAAAAAUUCAAGAAAAAAAAUUUAUUGGUAUUAUUGUCUUGUUUUCAGUAAAAAUAUCUAACAAUUCUUAAAUUAAGAUGCUUUUUCCUGAUGAGCAAAACGACCCAAGAAAAUAAGUCUAGUUUUUAGACCAAAAGUAUCAAAUCUAAGUGAUUUUGUGCAUA